AAGAUGAAACGAUGGAGAAUCCAAACUUUAUUUCGGUUGUUUCUGUGUGUCGGUAUUUUGCCAACCUGUUGGUGUGCUCACGGGAAAUAUGCUCAGAAGCUCCUGAAUGAUUUAUUCACCAACUAUACCAGUGCACUGAGGCCCGUGGAGGACACAAACACCAUCCUGAAUGUGACCCUGCAGAUCACACUGUCACAAAUUAUCGACAUGGAUGAGCGAAACCAAAUUUUGACUGCAUAUUUGUGGAUACGGCAAGUGUGGGUUGACGCACACCUCAAAUGGAAUAAAGAUGAUUACGAUGGACUUGAUACCAUCCGCAUACCUAGUAGUUAUGUAUGGAGACCUGAUAUAGUCCUAUAUAACAAUGCAGACGAUCAUUUCACUGGGCCCAUGGACACCAAUGUGGUGAUCCGACAUGAUGGCCAGAUAAUAUGGGAUUCCCCAGCUAUCACCAAGAGCUCUUGCAAAGUGGACGUGUCUUUCUUCCCCUUCGAUGCUCAGCAGUGCAGGUUCACCUACGGCUCCUGGACCUACAACGGCAACCAGCUGGAUAUCCUGAACGCCAUGGACAGUGCUGACCUGGCUGACCUGGUGGAAAAUGUCGAGUGGGAGGUGCUGGGCAUGCCGGCCAAGCGGAACAUUAUUCUGUAUGGCUGCUGUGCUGACCCUUACCCGGAUGUGACCUACACACUGAAACUGAAGAGAAGAGCUUCCUUUUAUGUCUUCAACUUGCUCAUACCAUGUGUGAUGAUCUCUUUUCUGGCUCCACUGGGCUUCUACCUGCCCGCUGACUCUGGAGAGAAGGUGUCUUUGGGAGUCACCGUGAUGCUGGCCCUCACUGUCUUUCAGCUGCUGGUUGCAGAGAUCAUGCCACCCUCUGAGAAUGUACCUCUUAUUGGAAAGUAUUACAUUGCAACCAUGACCAUGAUCACAACCUCCACCGCCCUGACCAUCUUCAUCAUGAACAUACACCACUGUGGCCCAGAUGCCAAGCCUGUUCCCAAGUGGGCCAAGAAGGUCAUUCUGCAGUACAUGGCCAGAAUGUGCUUUGUUUAUGAAGUCGGGGAAAACUGCAUGUCGCCACAGCCGGAGAAACAGGAGCCUCCGCCUGUAAAGAACACCAACUGCACCAUGAACGGUCAGGCAGGGCCAGACAGAGAGGACUGUGUCUUCAAAACGGAGAGAGGACAAGAGGCAGUGACCGCAGAGGAGAGCGAAGAAAUGGAUCAGAUGAUGAGUCCGAUCGGCUCAAUGGGGAAGAACCCCACCAACUACUACAGCACGUGGAAAAAUGGCAUGUUCAUGAGCAUGGACUGCGGAGAUGCGGGGGGUCCGAGGAGAUGCAGGAAGGGAGGUGUGAGUGACGCAGAGAGAAAAGACAGAGAGGUUUCUUGCCACACCCAAGGCAAUGAGAGGCAGCUGCUGCGUAACAUUGAAUACAUAGCCAACUGUUACAGAGAUCAGAGGGCCACGCAGAAAAGGACUGGGGAGUGGAAGAAGGUAGCCAAAGUUUUAGAUCGCUUCUUCAUGUGGAUAUUCUUCAUAAUGGUGUUUUUCAUGAGCCUGCUCAUCAUGGGCAAAGCCAUCUAA